AUGACUUCCAAACCUAUUGAUGUCCUUCCUGAUAAGGAGAUCGAGGAGCAGCGCGCUACAGGACAGGAUGACGUCUAUAUCGACCCAGAAGCUGAAAAGGCUCUUUUGAGAAAACUUGACAUGUGGAUUGUUCCGCCUGUUAUGCUUUUGUAUCUACUCAGUUUUCUGGAUCGUGUUAAUAUUGGAAAUGCGAGACUUUAUGGUAUGGAGGAGGAUCUUGGGUUGGUUGGUGAUCAGUACCAACUUGCAGUUUCCGUCUUUUGUGUCAUGAGUUUGGAGCGGGAGUCGUCUAACGUUGGCAGAUUCGUCACAUAUAUCGCAAGCGAGUUGCCUUCGAACCUUGUCAUCAAGAAAUUCACGCCUUCGAGAUGGAUCUCUUUCAUCACCGUUUCAUGGGGCAUUGUGGCCACAUUGACCGGAAUAGUAAAGGAUUUCAAGGGUCUGAUCGCAUGCCGUGUCCUCUUGGGCGCUCUCGAGGGCGGUCUUUUCCCUGGUCUCGCCAUCUACCUCACAAUGUUCUACACGAAAAAGGAGUACGCCCUUCGAAUCGGUUAUCUCUUCGUUAGUGCAGCCAUAGCAGGAUCCCUAGGUGGACUUUUAGCCUACGGUAUCGGCCACAUGGACGGUGUCGCAGGUCUUCGCGGCUGGCGCUGGAUCAUCAUCAUCGAAGGCAUUCCCACAUUCAUCCUCGGAAUCGCUGUCUGGUUCUGGCUCGCAGAUGACCCUGACUCAGCUCACUACCUCACCAUCGCUGAACGCGAACUCAUCGAUGCCCGCAUGCGACGACAAGUUGGACACACCAAAUCCUCUAGCCAGAUGCACAAAGAAGAUGUCUACGCUGGUCUCAAAGACUGGAAGAUCUGGCUCUUUUGCAUUGGUCAAUUUGGUGGUGAUACCAUUCUUUACGGCUACAGCACUUUCCUACCUACCAUCAUCCGCGGACUGGGCGAUUGGAACAACGCGCAGGUUCAAGCUCUUACUAUUCCUUGUUAUGCUAUGGGUGCUGUCACGUACAUCGUUGUUGCUUGGUUUUCCGACAGAACGCAGCGAAGAGCUGUUUUUACUGUUGCGCUUGGUCUUGUAUGUACUGUCGGGUAUGCCAUCCUCGUCAGCACAGCUCCAUCUGGAGUUCGAUAUUUUGGAUGUUUCCUUGCUGCUAUGGGAUUGUAUGUCAUUGUUGGAUUGCCUCUUGCUUGGCUUCCUAGUAACAAUCCUCGCUACGGAAAGCGAACUGUUGCGACAGGCUUGCAGCUUACCAUUGGUAACUCUGCAGGUAUUCCAGCUCCAUUUCUGUACAAAACACACGAGGGACCUCGAUUCGUCAAGGGUCAUGCUGUGUCUAUGGCUAUGGUGGCCAUGUCUUCACUCAUCUAUCUUGCCUUUUGGGCUUGGUUCCGAAGACAGAACAAGAGAAAGGAUGAGGGUAAGGAGGAUUGGAGAGUUCAGGGGUUGACUGAGGAAGAGGCUGAGGAGUUGGGAGAGCACAACCCGAGGUUUCACUAUACUUACUAA